AUGUACGCCUACCUCUUCCUUGGGAUCCUACCGGUGCUGCUUAUGGUUCUGGGUGGAGCCGGGAGGCCUUGCCCGACCCGCUGCCGCUGCACCCGGGGAAUCCUGAACUGCAGCAGGAUCACCAACCCCCCAGGAUUCCACCAAGUUCCCCUCCCCAAACGUCACCCUCCUCCUUUCACGUACUUGGACUUUACAGGGAAUGCGAUUCUGUCUACGGGGAAAGAGGUGUGGGCUGCCUAUCCUUGGGCUGAGACCUUAGUCCUCAAGAACAACAGCUUCGGCACACUGAAAAACUGCUCCCUGGAAGGGCUGCUCUCCCUGACCUACCUGGACUUGUCAUACAAUAAAAUCCAGGUGAUCGAGAUGAAUGCAUUUGAGGCUGUCCCGUUCCUGCAGGUGAUCCAUCUCCGUGGCAACCGCAUCGAGGAGAUCGCGGAGGGAACGUUCCGGGCCUGGCACGGCCUGCGGUUUUUGCUCAAGGUGGAUCUCAGCCACAACCCACUGGUGGUACUGCAGGACCCCUGCUUCUACCACCUGCCUUUCCUGACGUUCCUAGAUCUCGGUGCCACCGGAGUGACGCCCAGGAUGCUGGAGGACCUGCUGCAGAACUCCCUGCACCUGAGAAGGCUCACCUUGCCCCAAAAGAUGUUUUGCUGUCUUUGCCGCAUGAAGAAAGACAUCGAGGUUUUAGGUGAGGCUGUCAAGCUGAGGUGCCCGGAGUCAUGUGACCUGAAUGCAACGGGGUGCAAAAAAGAAGAGCGUUCAAACAGGAUGCAGGAAGACAUCACGAAAGUCUUAGGAACCCGGAAGUGGAAUGGCAGCAGCCUGCUUGACAUCUUGCCACAGAGAGCCGAACCCAAAAAUGACGCACCCGAGAGAGCUGAACCCAGCAACGACAAGCUGGCACACGGAUCUUGGGCAUGGAUCUGGACUACAGAAGAGCUCCUGAACCUGCAAGACGGCAGCAACCGCCCGGCAGAAGACGGCAGAUCUGAAAUCUCAGAACUCUCACCUGACAUCACGCAGCCCCGUGGGAUACGCUGGAAACAUUGGGGGACUUCUGCUUCUCCCCCUCUGGGCUUCUCAGCGCAUCAAAAUGGCUGCCUGCUUCAGGGUGACCUCUUUGAAACUGAGCUGAACCAGACGUCGGCGUCCCUUGUCCCAAAUGCAGCCGUGCGGAAACUCAUCUCGCACCUGACCCACAUCCUGAGAACGGACUGCACGGCACCCGCGCGCCAGAGGGCUUGCUCCAAAGUCGUCUGCAGGUCAGGCCUCCUUGUGAAAUUCCUUAGCGAAAAUGUCAACGAGAACUCUUCCCUGUGGGAUUCGUCCUUCUGGCCCCUCGAGGAGGCAGCCAAAUCGACCCAGGGAAUUUCAAGGAAGCUGGAGGGGCCUUCAAAUGUCACGGCGAGUCACGAGACUCGAGGAUACAGGUAUGGAAGCAGGCUCCUGCUGGCUCUUUCAGUAACCUCCGUCAUCAUGAUCGUCACGGCUACUAUCUGCCUGAUGGAGAUCUGGUCUUGGUGUUCUAUAGCCAAAGACAGGAUCUUUCUAGGCAGAAGGAAGAAACCCCUCCCAGACGUACAGCUGUCCAGAACACCCUCUCUGGUGAUUAAUGGCAGGCCCCUUUGGCUCAAAGACCUGUAUCACGUUCAGGAUGAAACAGAGCAGAACUACAUGAUGGGCAAAUUGCACGAUGAGGAGCACCUGGAGGAAACGGGCAGAGGCCACUGGGGCGACGCCCGGCCGUCCUUUCUGGAACCCGCCAUGAAAGAAUUCAGUUUAGAUCUGUCCUUUGCCCUCACCCUGGAACUACAGGUUGCACCGCCUCCCCCCUCCCCCUAUUCCACUCAGCCACAAAAGCCCAGUGUGAAAAAGGGUUCGGGCGCGUCAGAGGGAACUUCUGAGACCACCAGUUCAAAAGCAGCUUCUACAGCAGUGGGGGAAGGAGGAGACGAUGAAGAUGAAGAUGCAGAGGAAGAAGGCUCUGCUGAGAGCCCAACUGCAGAGGCUACGGGCACCAAAGUGCCAGGAAGUGGGAAGAUGGAAGGCGGAGAAGGAGAGGGCGAACCCCCUCGUGUUACGCAUAGCUAUAUAGAUCCUCUAUAG